AUGGCAAGAACUGGUGAUAAUAAACACAAAGAUGGAUGUGCUGGAUCUUUUACCAAAUAUUUAACAUCAGCAAUUUUUUUUCUGUACCUUGGCCAUGCUCUUUCGACCUGGGGAGACCGGAUGUGGCAUUUUGCAGUUUCUGUCUUUCUGGUGGAACUUUAUGUUAACAGCUUACUACUGACUGCAGUCUACGGGCUUGUAGUCUCUGGGUCUGUGCUAUUACUUGGAGCCAUCAUUGGGGACUGGGUCGACAGAAAUCCAAGACUUAAAGCGGCCCAGACAUCUUUAAUUGUACAGAAUACCUCUGUCACUAUCUGUGGGAUAAUCUUGAUGGUGAUUUUCAUGUAUAAAGCUGAGCUCACAGCGCAAAAUAACUGGAUCCUGACACUUUGCUACGCAUUGGUGAUAAUAAUUGCAAGUAUUGCAAACCUGGGAAGUACAGCCACAGGGAUCACAAUCGAGAGAGACUGGGUUGUGGUAGUUGCAGGAGGUGAUAAAUGUGCACUAGCAGGUAUGAAUGCCACUCUACGAAGAAUAGAUCAAGUAACUAAUAUUUUGGCACCAAUGGCUGUUGGACAGGUAAUGACAUUUGGCUCACUGGUGAUUGGAUGUGGAUUUGUUGUUGGCUGGAACUUAAUGUCCGUUUGUGUAGAAUAUCUCCUGCUCUGGAAGGUGUAUAUGAAGACACCGGAACUGGCCAACAAGAGUAAACAUGAAGGGACAGAACAAGAAAUGAAAGAACUGAAUGCAAAUGGACUUGGAGCAGAUAAAGAAUCAGUGCCACAAGAAGAGAUACUAAAUGAACCUGAUACUUUUGUGUUCCAUAAGGAUCAAACCACAUGUGAAUCUCAGAAGAUGAGAAAGACCAGCACUCUUUCCCAAAUUCUCAAACCAUUCCUGGAUGGAUGGGUGUUGUAUUACAAGCAGCCAUUUUUUCUUGCUGGUAUGGCCCUUUCCUUUCUCUAUAUGACAGUUUUAGGCUUUGAUUCAAUCACUGUUGGAUACGCUUACACCCAAAACCUGAGCAGUUCAGUUAUCAGUAUUCUAAUAGGAAUAUCAGCCAUUGUAGGAAUUCUUGGAACUGUGGCUUUCACAUGGCUUCAGAAGAAAUGUGGUCUUGUACGGACAGGUUCUAUUUCAGGGAUUGCCCAACUUUCCUGCUUGAUGUUUUGUAUAGUCUCAGUAUUUAUGCCUGGCAUUCCUAUGAAUUUGUCUACUUCCUCAUAUUCCAAUAACAACAGCAGAAAUAACCUGGAGGGAAGUAUAUUUUCCACAGCAGCCCCUCGUGUAUGGUCUGGAGAUAAUGUUACAACAGAACUCUCCAAUGGGUCAUCUACCAUGAACACAGCUGAUGAACUUGGUUCUAAUACAACCGUAUUGACCUCUGUUAUACUGUUGUUCACAGGAGUCAUUACUGCUAAAGCUGGUCUCUGGUCUUUCGAUUUAACUGUGACACAGCUUAUUCAAGAAAAUACAGAUGAGUCAGCACGAGGAGUGGUAAAUGGGGUUCAAAAAUCCAUGAAUAGUUUUUUCGAUAUACUUCAUUUCAUUCUAGUUAUCAUUGCCCCAAAUCCAGAAGCCUUUGGUUUGCUUGUACUGAUUUCAGUCUCCUUUGUUGCAAUGGGCCAUGUCAUGUAUUACCGUUAUGCAUACAAAACACUUGGCAGUAAACUGUACACAUGCUGCCAACCAGCUUUACAAAACUAACACACUGUUAAGUAUACUUCUUAUUGUUAAUUGUGUUAGUG